CAGCUUCUUCCUAUAGCUAUUAAAGAUGCGAACGAACGGACAUAUUCUUCCUUCCCUUCCAUCCAGAGCCCUUCGAACCACGACUACGAUCGAUCAUCAGUCCUCCGCUUCCUUCCUACUCUCGAUUCUCACACCUCAUCCUACCUAACUACCUAUACGAUGUUCGGAAGUCUCUUUCUGGGAGGAGCUCUCCGCAGCUCUCUCCGCAUGUCCCUACGCCGUCCUGUUCCUAUUCCCGUUCCCCUCCGUAGAUCUCUGGACGCUGACCUGGACGCUGACCUGGACGCUGCCCUGGUCGACUCCCACGAAGUUUUUGAGGGAUAUCCCGGCGAGAGCUACCUAUACCUGCGCGGCUACAGAUACAGAUACGGUCCCGACCGGCGGUGUAAUGAUAUCGAGAUCGAUAUCUCGGUGGCGGACGUCAGCCGCUGCGAGGAUACCAAGGAGGAUACCGGAACUGAGGCCGAAGUUGAAGUUGUCAAGGCUCGGCCCGAUGAUGCAAGUGAUAAGUUUAGCCAGCUCCAUGCGGCGAUUGCCGCGCUCGUUGGUGAGUGCCGUCAGGAGAGGGAUGCUGCGCUCGUUGGCGAGUGCCGUCAAGAGAGGGAUGCUGCGGUUGCACUGGGAGAGCAUAUCAAGGGCGAGGCGCUUCGCCUGUUCGACGACAAUCUGCGUCUCCGCAGCAAGUUCAAUACGCGCGGUGCACUCGAACGGAUCGCCUUCCACGCCUCUCUGAACCAGUGCGUGCCGUACUCCUACGGGGAAGGUGAAGGAGUGCAGCGCACGCUCGAUGCUCUCGCGCAGCAGCCGGGGUUCUCGGCAAUCGUCAAGAAUGAGGCCGACGCGAGACAGCUCGUGUCGGAUCAUGUCGUCGCUUGUGCGCGCUUUUUGGUCUCCGAGGUCGCGAAAUACCUGGGCGGCAAUGAUGGCGUGGCGGUCGCUGUUAGAGCGAGGGAUUACUCCAGACAUGAGCUCACGGCGAUCGUAGCGUAUCUCAAGCUGCAGGAUACUUGGGAGAAUGCGUUGAAAUGGAGGGAGGAGUAGGAAGAGAAAGGAAGGGGA